CUCCAACUCUUCUGGGCUCUCUUUCUCUGCCAUCUGCAUCUGCCCGCCAUCCCUCUCCCUCUCUCUCCCUGACCACACCAUCUCUCUCUGACCAGUCCAUCUCUCAUUCAACUCCAUUCUGAUGCAAUUCGUGCUGUGUAUUGAAAGAUCCAAGUACCAAUUUCUCCCUCAUUUAUUCAUCCUGAAACCACUGUCUCUGUGGUACGGUGUCUAUUUGAUGCUUUUUAUCUCUCUGAUUGUUUGUGCCAGACCUGUUUGAUUCUUGGGAAAUCUCUCUUUGCCUAACACCCAUGUGAUAAGAACUCAAUUUUUCUAUGUAGAAUGAUUCCGGCCUUGAUCUCUAAAACGUUUCUUUGUAUUGAAGGCAAAGAGUUUUAGCUGGUAAUCCCAAUACCCAAAUGGUGGAACCCGGACCCUUUUCACCGUUUGGGUUAUAAGAUAUACAAUUUAGGAAUCUGGGUUUGGUAGUUUUCAGGGGAGAAGUUGGUGAUUGACAAAAAUUUGAACUGUUUCCGAUUAGAAGAAGGGUGGGGUGUUUUUGGAUUUGAUCUUGGUCAAAACAGAAUACCCAGAAACUGAAUUUUGAAACCGGAGAGUUAUCAAUAUGCAAUCAAGGGCGUUGUCGACUGAGGAAGGGAAGGAUCCUGCAAAUACAAGCAGAACAAAUCAAUCCAGGGUUUUGCCUCUAAGGCUGCUUCAGAUAUUUGGGCUGUUUCUGGCUCUCUGUGUCGCGUUUUCAGUCAUUAGUGUAUACAUGAUUAAACGUUUUGGAGUUUCUACUACAUUGACAUCGCCGCAGUCUAGUUUCCAGCCCUGCUAUGAGGAGGUGGGUGGCUUAGAUCGGUGGAUUAAGCCUCCUUCAACUUUGCUCCAUACAAUGAAUGACACAGAGCUUCUCUGGAGGGCAUCUUUUGCCCCUAAGGUGAAGAAGUACCCAUUUCAGAGAGUUCCAAAGGUUGCAUUCAUGUUCUUGACUAAGGGCCCAUUGCCGCUGGGACCUCUCUGGGAGAGGUUUUUGAAGGGGCAUGAAGGGCUUUAUUCAAUCUACAUUCAUUCGACGCCAUCAUUCCAGGCCAAUUUCCCUGCCUCAUCGGUUUUCUAUAGGAGACAGAUACCAAGCAAGGUGGCAGAGUGGGGGAGGAUGAGUAUGUGUGAUGCAGAGAGAAGGCUCCUCGCAAAUGCAUUGCUUGAUAUCUCCAAUGAACGGUUCGUUCUUCUUUCUGAAUCAUGCAUUCCUCUCUACAAUUUCACCCUCAUCUACCACUACAUAAUGAAGUCCAAAUAUAGCUUCAUGGGUGCAUUUGAUGACCCUGGGCCAUAUGGAAGGGGUCGGUAUAAUGGGAAUAUGAAACCUGAGGUGAGCAUUUCCCAGUGGCGUAAAGGAGCCCAAUGGUUUGAAGUUAACCGAAAACUUGCAGUCAACAUAGUAGAAGAUACCACAUUCUACAAGAAGUUUGAGGAGUUCUGCAAACCAGCAUGCUAUGUGGAUGAGCACUACUUCCCCACCAUGCUAACCAUUCAAUCAGGACACCUUAUGGCAAACAGAAGCAUUACUUGGGUCGAUUGGUCAAGAGGCGGUGCUCACCCUGCUACCUUUGGGAAAGCAGAUAUCACAGAGGAGUUUCUACACAGAGUUGUCAGCAAUCACAAGUGCCUCUACAACAAUCAGCCUUCCUCUACUUGUUUUCUUUUUGCAAGAAAGUUUGCUCCCAGUACCCUGGAACCUCUGUUACAGUUGGCACACAAACACUUAGGGUUUUGAGCGAUAAUAGUUUUUUGAGAGAAACCCAGAAAAUUCUUUGAAUCUCUGACUCUUAUAUCUGAUUUCUCUCUUGUAAACUAGUGAGUUUUAGGUGAAUAAUCCAGCCACGCAAUUUUAGAUGUACAUAAAGAAGUAUCACUAGUGCCCAUCUUUAUAGCAUCAUCAUAGUCGGAUUAUUAUCUGGAGCUUAGUGUACUCAAUUUUAAUACAAUUUCAGUCAAAUUUUUUCA